UAUAUAUAUAUAUAUAUACAUGCUCCUAACUUCCUCCAAGCUCAGAAAACUGAUAGGGAAGACUAAUAACUAGACAAAGAUCACGAAAGGGAUCGAUGGCUAAUGUUGUAAUUAUUGUUCCCAUUUUAGCCUUCGCUUUCUCCCUCUUAUUUUCCUCCUCCUUGGUUGCUUCUGCUACCGGAGGCCGGGAUGAGGGCUAUGGCAUCUUUGGGAGGACCCUCGACCUGAACAAGCUGCUGGGCUCGAAGAAGGAGAAGCUCAGCCACUUCAGGCUCUACUGGCACGACGUUGUCGGUGGCAAGAACCCGACUUCUAUCCCAGUGGUUAUGCCUACCAACGGUUCGCAGACCUUUUUUGGGAUGGUUAACAUGAUGGACAACGCCCUGACUCUUAGCCCAAACCUGACUUCGAAGCUGGUUGGCCGGGCACAGGGGUUACACGCCAUGACGAGCCAGCACCAGCUGGGUGCUCUGAUGGCCAUGAACUUCGUCUUCAUGGAGGGCAAAUACAACGGCAGCACCAUCACAUUGCUUGGCCAUAACUCCAUCUUUGAUGCCGUGAGGGAGAUUCCUGUCGUUGGCGGCAGCGGCCUCUUCCGCUUUGCCCGUGGAUAUGCCCAGCUCCGAACCCACACCUUUGAUACCAGGACCGGCGAUGUCAUCGUUGAAUACAACGUUUAUGUCCUUCACUACUGAUGAGGUGUUGUUGGUGUUGAUAAUCUCCAGAGGUUUUCCUCGGGAAAUUAUUUUACUUGUUCACUGAUGAAAUUUCGAGUUAUUUAGCAUGUAUGUGUAUGAAUAUGUGUUAUCGUGAUCUAACUAA